CGGAUUGACCUGUUGAGUGUUGACCGGGGACCACCCCCAAGCUACCUCCCAAAAAUAACUAAAAUAUUUAGAAAUUCAGAUUUUUACUAAACGACACAUUAAUUGGAUGAUCCAUUGUUUCGGGCGACAAAUACUUAAUUUGGGUGAUAACUCAGCUGGCGCCGGGUUACAUUAUGCGAUGGGCUAACCCAAAAUAAAAGUACAGUGUAUCCCGAGUAGCUAGCCUAGGCCCAAGGAGGUAACUCUAACCGACAGCUCUGGCACAGAGUGGGGGCGAGAGCGACUGGUGAUGCGAACUCCUGAAUAUUUUAUUUGUUCUACUAUUUUUGUGACAGAAUACGUGCCGUUGUCUUUUAGCUAGUUUGAUAGAGCAAAUUAACGGCUGUAUCGACAUAAACAGAGAAAGAGAACCGGUGAUAAAGUAUUGUUUUGUUAUCCAACCGUCCGCUCUUUCCGUCGCCCCCCGGCCCGUGCCAGCCCGAGCGCUCCGAAUCUCACGGGGCAAAGAUACUGGCACAAAACGGGGCACGGACAGCUCUCUGCCCACUCCGUCUGGCUGUUCUACCGCUGUUCAAGCCUCUAGUCUUCCCUUGGCGGGCACCAUCGAGUCUCUCCCGCUAUCCUUCGAUACCCGGUGGUGCUGGGCUAGAGCGUUAUGGCUCAGACGCUACAGAUGGCGAUCCCUAACUUUGGCAACAACGUGUUGGAGUGUCUCAAUGAGCAGAGGCUCCAGGGGCUCUACUGCGACGUCUCCGUGGUUGUCAAGGGACACGCCUUCAAGGCGCACCGGGCGGUCCUGGCGGCCAGUAGCUCCUACUUCCGGGACCUGUUCAACGCUGGAGGGAAGAGCAGUGUGGUGGAGCUACCCCCGGCCGUCCAGCCCCAGAGCUUCCAACAGAUCCUAGCCUUCUGCUACACAGGCCGCCUCAGCAUGAACGUGGGGGACCAGUUCCUCCUCAUGUACACCGCAGGCUUCCUGCAGAUUCAGCAGAUCAUGGAGAAGGGCACAGAGUUCUUCCUUAAGGUCUCCUCCCCUAGCUGUGACUCCCAGGGUCUUCAUGCAGAAGAGACUCCGCCGUCCGAGCCCCAGAGCCCCGUCACUCAAACCACAGGGGGAGGGGCUGGGGUGGUUUCCUCGGCAGCAUGUAGGCCCGCCUCCUGCCUGACACCCCUCCCCCUGGUGUUGAGGGUGAAGACGGAGCAGAGCGGGACUACGCCACAACCCACACCACAGUCACAGCAGCAGGAGGCCACGUCCUACUCGGUGGUGUGCAGCCCUGUUGCCAAGCGCCUGUGGGAGGGGGGCAACCGCGGUGACGGGGGAGGGGGGUCGGGAGGAGGGGGGUCCAGGAAAGCCGCCCGCUACUCUUCCUCCUCCGCCUCAUCAAACAACUGCAACUCCCAAGAUGCAAUGGGCAGAAAUGUUGUUAACCACAGUAACCAUAACAACAACAACAACAACAGUAACCAUAACAGCAGCAGCGUGGGGACGCCGGACGGAACGAGUCCGGGGACGCUGAGCAUAUACACCAGCGACUCGCCCCUUAGUUACCACGAUGACGAGGAGGAAGAGGAAGUGACCGACGACAGCGCCGAAGAGCAGUACAGGCAGAUCUGUAACAUGUACACAAUGUACAGUAUGCUCAAUGUGGGCGCCACAGUAGCAGGCGAGCGUGUGGAGUCCCUACCGGAGCACCUCACGGCUGAGACCCGGGGCGGCAGGGGGGUGAGGCUACGCCAGGAUCUGGCUUCGCUACCUGCCGAACUCAUCACCCAGAUAGGUAACCGGUGCCACCCGCGGCUGUACGAGGAGGGUGACCCUGCAGAGAGGCUGGAGCUGGUGACGGGUACCUCCGUGUUCAUCUCCCGCGCCCAGCUCAUGAACUGUCACGUCAGCGCCGGCACGCGGCACAAGGUCCUACUGAGGAGGCUGCUGGCCUCUUUCUUCGACAGGAGUACUCUAGCUAACAGCUGUGGGACGGGGAUCCGCUCGUCUACAAACGACCCCAGCCGCAAGCCCCUGGACAGCAGAGUACUGCACGCCGUCAAGUUUUACUGCCAGAACUUUGCGCCGAGUUUCAAGGAGAGCGAGAUGAAUGCCAUCGCGGCUGACAUGUGCACUAAUGCCCGCCGGGUCGUCAGGAAGUCCUGGAUCCCGAAGCUCAAGCUCCUCAUGGCCGAGGGUGACGCCUACUCCGCUUUCCUCCAAUCAGACGCCGUCAAGAUGGAGGCCGAUGCCCUGGGGGCGGAGCAUGGGUUCGACCCCAACUCCUUGGCAGAAGAGGCGGCGGCAGCCAAUAGCGAUGCGGGACCUUCUUCGGGGGAGGGGUUACAAGGCGUUGUGGGCGGAGACGGCAGCACUUUGUUUUAAAGUGAGUGGGCUGGCUUAUUGUGAUCUUAUUGGUCGAUGGUCUUUGAUCAUUGCUCCCGGCGAUACUUCCUCCCUCAGUUUUAGUUUGUUUUUUAAUGUCCCUUUUCCAUGUCUUAAUCUCUUCCCUUUAUACUUGCAAUUUCAUUUAUUAUAUCUGUUACAUCCCUUGUUCCCUCUCUCUCUCGCCGUCCCGGACCCAUGUACAUAGUGUCUGCCCCCUUUUGGGCGGGAGAGAGAUGAAAAGAUGGAGGGAUAGAGGUGCAGAAAGAAAGACGGGGGAGGUUUGUAAUGUAAGGGGGGGGGGGGGGGGCUUAACCAAGAAAUAUUCCCUGAUCCCCAUUGUAGAAUCUUUUCUUGUUUUAAUGUUUGUUUUUUUGUUGGCAAAGGUCCUUUCUCCUUUCCAUAUCGCUGAAACACAUUCCCUAGGAGGAGGGGCCUUUUGGGUUGGAUGGGGUCGGGGUUGAAGGGGGUGCUAAUGGCUGGUUUUGGGGUAAUGGGAGGGGGGAGGGGGGGUCUCCUCUUGACGGUCUAAUAACACUGUUUUGAUAAUGAAUGUAUCGGUCGUGAAGCGUUGUCAAGUCACCUGUAUGUAUUGUCUGUGGACAGUAGAUUGUAAUCGAUCGAUUGAUUUGAUGAGAUUGUAUUCAUCAGUUUAUAUAGAGACUCUGGAAGUCCUACUGAAGGCUAUUGUAUGGGAGGGGGGGGUUGAUAUUUGUGGGGGGGGUGCGUAAAGGUUUAAUGGUUGAAUUGGGUAUAUGUAUGUUGUAUAUUGGCAGGACUUUUGGACCCCCCCCCCCCGACCCUGAAAUUGACCAUUUAGAGGGCGAUUUUCAUUCCUACUUCUUCCACUGUUAAUUUGUGACUCUCUUCUCAUAGUUCUUUUUCUCUCCGUGUGCGUGACCUUUGACUUGUUGCCAAGCCUCCCUGAAAAGCAGAGGAGACGUGUUACUGAAAGAUGAAGAGUUGGUGACUGGACGAGGAAGAAGAUGCUCUGAUCUGGUAUCCACGGUGAUGAUGCAGUAUGAUUUCCUAUACGUCUACUGAAUUCUGUGUAGAGAGAGAGAGAGGGACCGUUUUAAAAUCAUGUCAGUUCACGCCCAUAUUCACAUUUAGAAGGAAAGUGACAUAUUUGUUGUCUCGCACUAUUAAGCAAGUAAUAACUGAAUAAUGUACUUGUCUUGCACUAUAAUACUAUAAUACAAGUCUUAUCCAAAUACUAGAAUCGUCUCCAUUUGACCAAGCAUGAAGCUGUGGGCUAGGGGCUAGGGUGUAGGGGCUGGGUUGUAGAGGCAGUAUGUUAGAUGUGUAGUGUACACAGGGUGGACCCAUUCUGUAUUUGGUUUCGUAAUGGACUGAGGGAGGGUUGGUGUAUCCUGCUAAGAUGCAUUCAUCACACACACACACACACACACACACGGAUUAAAGUACCCUGGAGGACUAAUCCCUAUACAUCCUGGGCGGAUACAAUGGUGCCAAUUAAAGUAAUACGACACACACACACACACUAUGUGUGUCAGUGUGUGGAUGGAGACAGAAGUGUGUGUUGUCACAUGCGGCAGAGAGUGAGAUCCCAGACGGAGUGUGCUCACACACGCUUGGCUGACUCAUUCAUCACUCUGGUGUGUGUGUGAUGCUGCAUCUCUCUCUCUCACACACACACACAUACACACACACUCUGGUGCACCCAGACUGAUCCAGCCGCAGCACACUGCCAGCCUAUAAACAUCCCAGCUCUGUUGAACACACCUUGUGAGAAACUACAGAGAGGAGAUGGACCGUGACAAGCCAUGAAUAACGACCAACUGUCAUUCUAGCUACAGCUCAUCAGUGAUUGGAUGAAAGAUGACUGUGGCAGUUCCCAUCUAUCACAGUACCAGUAGGGAGCCGAUGACACCACCGCCAGUAUUCCAUCAUACAGUAGAAUCAUGGUGUGUCAAGGAGGAAGAACCCGUUGCCCCUAAACACUGAUCUAUGGUCAUGUUUGCGUUUUCCCGCUAGUUGUCAAGGUUAGGGUUUGGGGAGGGCAAGCUGAUCCUAGAUCAGUGCUCAAGGGGCUUGUACUCUGAGCAGAAGUGAGCAUAGACAUGCUAGUGCUAUAGACACAGUUGUUAGUGAUAGCCUGGUCUCAGAUCUGUUUGUAGGAUCUUGCCGCCACCUUGUAAGUCAUUGCGUGACAAUUCCAUAAGGAGUUGACAAGGGGGUAGAAACAGACUGGCACCCAGGCUAGGUUAGUGAAGCACCUUGUAAUGCAGUUGGUGUCCGCGGUGGGUUCUGUUGUGAUUGUCAGGCUUGGUCUGCUGUGUGUUACUGAGGUGGUCUGCUGUGUGUUUGGGGUAGAAACGCACACUAAAACACACACGCACACUAAAACACACACACACACACACACUGCUUUGGAGUUGAGGGUUAAUCAAUCGUAACACUUCCCCCACACUCUGACUGUGAACCCAAACAGACAGAGUAUAGAAUAAACAACUAUAAAAUAAACCUGGGUAAAAUAUAGGCUUAACAUUGUCAUUGUAACUCCCCCUUUCAACCAACCAACCAAAAGAAAGCCAUCGCGUUGUUUUUCUAUCUGGAAACUACCAUUGUUUUCUUUUUUGAUCAGAGCUGUCUAAGUAUCAGCUUUUAGGCCUGGCUUUUAAAACGGGCCAUAUGUUGUUUACGUUUGUAGUUUUGAAAAUAUAUAUAUAUAUAUGUUUUGGAGUGUUUGUAUGAAAAGGCUAACUGUCAAAGAAGAGGUUUAAAAGUGUAAUGGGCAGGCACUACUACAGCUUCCAGUGGACCUAUUCCAUUUGGCCUGGGCGGGUGGGUGGCGGGGAGGUCUGGAGCCCACCCCUCCUUUUGUUAACCACAUGGUAUGAUCCUUGGGGACUUCACCAAGUUCUACCACUGACAGAGAGGAAGAGAGUAGGAUGAGAAAUUUGCACUUUUUUUUUUUUAUGCAUUUGUCAAGCGCUGCCUUAAAGGAAAGAGUGAGUGGCUGACAGAACAGCGAGACAGAGAUGAGGACAGUCUGUCUCCAGAGAGAGGAAGGAGAGAGAGGGAGGAUGGGAUGCUUGGUUGGCUCUGUAUAAAGGCAUGCGUGCUGGUGUGUGUGCAGUUUCUCCCCAUUUCUCUCUGCUGCCAUAUAUGGAGUCAUGCGUGUUAAGUUGUAGCUCUUCACGCUAACGCCUUUGACUGGAAGACAGAGAGUGUGUGUGGAAUGCGCAUGUCUGUGCCAGGAUGAGUCUGGUUCUAUGUGCUGCAUACGUGUGUGUCUGGCUUCUGGAGUGGCGAAUGCGCAUGUCCUGGUGUGUGUGGGUGGUUUAGGUACACUGCCAGCAGUGUGUGUGGUAUGUGCGGCGGUAGAGAAUGAGAGGAGACUGUUUGUGUCUGACUCAGUAGGAGAGACAUACAGUACUACAGUCUGGAGAGGAAGGAAGCCUAUAGACACACAGCAUUGCUACUGGCGUUAGCACAGUGACAUGCUAGCUGUUCCCAUAGACUUCCAGUCAUUGAGCCAACAACUGUCCAUUUAAAAGUGUCUUGCAGGAAUAUAUAUAUAUAAUUUUUUUUAAAUAUAAAAUUACAUAUUUUGCCUCUGUGGCAAUAAUGUAGGAGUGGUGGGCCACCGCUGCUAAAUGAAUAUAGAUGAAACACGGGCUGGCUCAUGAGGGAGGGAGGGAGGGGACGGCAUCAAACUGUUCACUAAACAAACCAUUAAAUCCCAUUCAGAGUCCUGAUCUCAUUCAGCUUCACUUUAUGACCCAGGUCUAUGGUUCUGUCCCAAAGGAAGUAGUGCACUAUGUAGUUAAUAGGGUGCUGUUUAGGAUGUAAGCUAAAUGUCUGCAAAUGGCGGCCGUGUUGUGUAUGUGAAUGACUCGUGAGAGUGAAUGUUUGUUUGGCAGGAGGAGGGGGGUGUUUGGUGUGGUAACUGUCUAAACAACAGAUGGGACUGCCUGAUAGGAUGACUUGGUGGGUUUGUGUCGGUCCAGGUGUGUCCUUUCUUGCCUGUGUGCUGGUGUAUGUGUGUGUGUACAGUACCAGUCAAAAGUUUGGACUCCUACUCAUUCCAGAGCUUAUUUGUAGAAUAAUAGUGAAGACAUCAGAACUAUGAAAUGACACACAUGGAAUCAUGUAGUAACCAAAAAAGUGUUCAACAAAUCAAAUAAAUAUUUGAGAUUCUUCAAAUAGCCACCCUUUGCCUUGAUGACAGCUUUGCACACUCUUGGCAUUCUCUCAACCUGCUUCACCUGGAAUGCUUUUCCAAAAAUCUUGAAGGAAACUCUUGAAUGAGUAGGUGUGUCCAAACUUUUGACUGGUGCUGUAUAUAUGUCUCUGCAUCGGGCAAUGCAUGUGUCUAACAACCAACCAGGCGUCCAUUCCCUUUAGGAGACUGCAGGCUGACAAUGUGUCUGUUUCUAAUAGUGCAGUGAUGACGAAGACUAGGAUGAUGUUGAAGAUGGUGGUCUACAUUUCCCUGUUGAUGGUCUCUCUAUCUAAAUAUUAAUACAGAGAGACACAGUCCAUUUUAGAUGUUUAUACUAAUAAGAUUGUUAUUCCAAGUUAACUGACUUUAUUUUUAUGUGAAAUCCCUAGACUUGAGCGGGAAGAUGGGAGGGAGGGAGUUGGGAGGGAAGGAGAGAGUGGUGCUAUUCUAUACGUUCCUAGAUACAUGGUUGUUACCCUUCCUCUUGCAGAUGGAGGGAAGAAGAGGGAGAGAGAGGGGUGUGGUACUUUUCUUUCUGCUUGUUUAGAGUCUGAGGACGUAGGAGGCAUUGUGGCAGACCUCUGGUACUUAACUGCAGUCAAGACAACUGAGAGAGGGAGAAGAUCCUCGUCCCAUGGCCUUUUGGCAACAAAUAUACACUGCUCAAAAAAUAAAGGGAACACUUAAACAACACAAUGUAACUCCAAGUCAAUCACACUUCUGUGAAAUCAAACUGUCCACUUAGGAAGCAACACUGAUUGACAAUAAAUUUCACAUGCUGUUGUGCAAAUGGAAUAGACAAAAGGUGGAAAUUAUAGGCAAUUAGCAAGACACCCCCAAAAAAGGAGUGAUUCUGCAGGUGGUGACCUCAGACCACUUCUCACUUCCUAUGCUUCCUGGCUGAUGUUUUGGUCACUUUUGAAUGCUGGCGGUGCUCUCCCUCUAGUGGUAGCAUGAGACGGAGUCUACAACCCACACAAGUGGCUCAGGUAGUGCAGUUCAUCCAGGAUGGCACAUCAAUGCGAGCUGUGGCAAAAAGGUUUGCUGUGUCUGUCAGCGUAGUGUCCAGAGCAUGGAGGCGCUACCAGGAGACAGGCCAGUACAUCAGGAGACGUGGAGGAGGCCGUAGGAGGGCAACAACCCAGCAGCAGGACCGCUACCUCCGCCUUUGUGCAAGGAGGUGCACUGCCAGAGCCCUGCAAAAUGACCUCCAGCAGGCCACAAAUGUGCAUGUGUCAGCAUAUGGUUUCUUAAUGUAAGGGGCGGGGUGAUGUAGCCUUUUCCUGGCUACCCAGACUCCUUGCUCCGGCCAAACGCUACGCCAUGGAUCUGACGAUUUCUAGAACGCAGACACAUUCAAACAGUUCUGAUUGGUCCCAGAAAGUGAUGGGUUGGGACAGAGCCAGAACACACGUGGGUAAAGCGGCGUUUUCAAAAUGUGUCAGUGGCUUACUCUGAUUGGUUCGAGAUGCUCCAAUCGGUAAUGACUUUGUUUUGUACAACACCCCUCAUGGUGAUGUCACCACAACCGACUUCAACGAUGGCUGUCUGACUGAAGUAUGUAGUGAGUCGUCAGGCAGACAGCCUGGAAAUCCAGACUUUCAUUAUAGCAGAGCUGAAAUCAAUCCCCUAUUCCCUGUACUACUUUUGGCCAGGGUCCAUAGGGCUCUGGGUUGGGCUCUGGUCAAAAGUAGUGCAAUAUUUUUUAGGGAAUAGGGUGCCAUUGAUUUCCAGGCUAGGGGGCCAGGGGUGUCUGUGGUUACGUCCCAAAAUGGCACCCUAUAUAGUGCACUACUUUUGGCCAGAGUCCUAUAGGAUGCCAUAUGGGCCCUAGUCAAAAGUAGUGCACUAAAUAGGGAAUAGGAUGCCAUUUGGGAUGCAUGCCAUGUUUGUCUUUUUUUUUAAUGACUUUUAUCAAGUCCAAUGCUACUGAGAGAGGGGACAGGAGAACGAGGAAAAGGGGGAUGAGUGAGUGAGGAAUCAUGUAGAAACACUGGCCAGGCACACAACUUCUAAAUGCGGCUGGAAGUUGUUUCGCGGGGCCAGAAAUGACAUUUUAAAAAUGCUAGAGACCAUAUUUUAGAAAAGAGCUUUGUAGAAAAUGUUAUUAUUACGUUGCUGUUUUUCUGUUUAUGCUUACCAAUGUUUUUAUUUCUACAGAUUGAAAUAGUGUACUGUAUAGCUGCUUUCACCAACGCUAGUAUUUACACACUAACGUUGCUAGGAAUUAGCUUGUAAAAAACGGAAUAGUCCACCGUAAGCCAGAAGUUAAUUCAAUUUCAACUUUGUCUGUAGGGUUGGUCUUUAUGCAGGGGGGAAAUGGAGAAAAAACCUAGAAUGGAGCGUAUAAUUAAAGGUCUGUUUGGAGACCCCAUGUAGUUCCUCAGGGACUUCAGUUCCUCUCUGUUUACCUCAUGUCAAAAUAAAAGUCCCUCACAAGUUCUUGCCUUUUUUGUGCAGGUAUGGCGCACGUGCCAGACUUUUAUUUUGACGUGAGGUAAGCAGAGAGGAAGUGGGACUACAGGCCCACGUUUGGACAGGGUUUAAGUUAUGUUCUACUAAAUGUUUUAAGCUUAAUAUCCCCCUGCAUAAGGACCAACUCUACAGACAAUCGGCAGAGUAAGUUGAAAUGUCAUUUUUUUUCACUCCUGUCUUCCGGCUGACUAUUCCGUUUUCUUGCAAGCUAAUUCCUAGCAACGCUAGUGUGUAAAUACUAGUGUUGCUAAGAGAAGCUAUGUACUGUAGUGUUUUAGGUCCUGAUUACUAAUUCAAACAUUAACACGUUUUAGAAACUUGCCAAGUGUUCUGUCAUUAAGAGGAAGUCGAACUCUGAAAGUGUAAAAUAGUAGAGAAAGAGAUCCACAUAUUUUUUGCAUUGUGCUGUAAUGAAGAGGGGGCAGUUUUGAUGCUGGACACGAGAAGGGGUGAAUACCGUGCUGAAACUGUAUUGUGUACUUUUGGGAGGGCGGGGAGGGAGGGUUGGUUGACAGACAGACUGACUGACGGAUGAUGGACUGUGGAAGCACCACUAGCUGGUAUGUCAGUCUCUCCUAAGGGACUAUAUCUCUUAAAUUCCUUACUAGGAAUAACCAUUUAUAAUAUCCAUCAGACUUUUAUGUUCUUGUACAUUUCCUUGAAACCCAGAAUUCCCUGGAAGUUAAAUUAGCUUCCGCCUUCACUUGACCGUGCUUGUCUCUUGUCUCAUGUGGUCCAGCUCAGUUGUUAGAGCAUGGCGCUUGCAAUGCCAGGAUAGUGGGUUCAAUUCCCGGGAUCACCCAUACGUAAAAUGUAUGCACGCAUGACUGUAAAUGGCUUUGGAUAAAAGCUAAAUGGCAUAUAAUGACAAGUGUCCCAGCCAGGGAAAUGUUGGUUGGAUUGUAAUCUCGGUUACCCAGAAGUAACAUUAUUGCUGAAAAUUGUCUGUCCACAAGAGAAUAGCUGGAUUGUGAUGCUCAUAAAGUGCUCGCCCACCUGGUGUUGGUACUACAACUCAGGGGGGGGGGGGGGGGGGCUUCUUGCGCUGCCUGGUAUUACCAUCAUCCUAACGAUAGAGGGCAGCGUAAUGUUACAUCAGUGAGACAGUGGUUGAGCUUUGCUUUCUGGCUUGUAUUCUUUAAUUCUACAUUCAAAAAGACCUGUCAGUAUUUGCUUUGGGGAUGAAGUCCCCAUUGUGUUUAAGACCAAAUAUUUUGUCAGUUGAUCCCCAUAGCUAACGUAAGCUCUGCUGGAGUCAAUACACAGCGACAAGUAAAUCCUUAUUCAUAGCCUAUAUCCUGACAGGAAUACAUUGCUUCUUGUCUUUGUCAUGCUCCAUGUAUCUACCCGUCUGUCUUCCCAUGAGCAAAUUACUUUGAAAUGAUGUUUUAUAAUACGCAAUUUCAAUGUCUUGUGCUCGCUGGGUUGCUUCUUGUCGCUACCUGGUUCCACUCGGCACCACAGACGAAUAAAAGGGAAAUAGAGAGGGUGAAAUAAUCUCUAAUAAAGCACCUUUGGGUGAGCGCUAACGGUCCGGUAUAGUAGAGACCGCUAGCCAAAGCCUCGGCACCUUGUCAACACGUUCUCUAUUUAGUCCCUCUAGAACAGUCUGUGGAGUUGUAUUUGGUGGCAGAAGUGUGAUCCGGGCAUAGAAAUAGAAUCUAUAGAACGGACCUCCCCAUUCAAGUCAAUGAUGGCAUAAUGGGUUAGGCAGGCGUACUCAAUUCUUACCCUACGCGGUCCUGAGCCUGCUGGUUUUCUGUUCUACCUAAUAAUGAAUUGCACACACAUGGUGUCCCAGGUCUAAAUCAGUCCCUGGUUUUAGAGGGGAACAAUGAAAACAUUCAGUGGAACUGGCUUCCAGGUCCAGAGGUUGAGUUUGAGGGGGCUAGAGGUUCCAAGCCCGUUCUAUGUCGAUGGGUCCAGGGUUGUGUUCAUUAGGCACCAAACGGUGGAAAACUGACAAGCGUGGAGGGACUACCCCGAAUUUGUCCAAUAGGAAGCUCUAGUUUUUGUUGCGAAAUUUUGUCCGUUGCGAAAUGAUUUGCUACGCUGUCUACUAAUGAAUGGGGGGAAAUCAACUCUUUGUGGGGAUGAUUUUUUUUUAGUUUCAUUUAUUUCUGUAUUUUUUAUUAUUCCUUUUCAUUUUGUUUUCAUUCGUUGUUGCUGUACCCACCACAACCCCCCCCCCCCCCCCCCCCCCCCGGCAGGUUCUGGGGGGUGGUGACCAACCAACCAACGCGUAGGGAGGUUAUCCCUCUGGUCACAUGGUCAUGUAACCCCCUGGGUCCUAGUGACCAGACUGUACAUCUCUUCUCUGCAGAGGGAGGAGAGGGGGUGGGAAGCCAUUCUAUCACUAUAGGAGCCCCCCUCCCAAUCGGCGCUCUCUGCAUGGCAGGCUAUAGGUAGAAGUUAACCCCUUUACCACAGCUCUAGAACCAGAUUACCCUAUUACAAUCCUAAUUUUAAACAUGAUGGGGAUAAACAAGAUCUGACCUUAGACCAGUGGUAAGGGACAAGGCCAUUUCUGCUUGCAUUGUGGCCUGUCAAUCCUUGUAUGUUUCAAUCAGACCUGGGUUCAAAUCUUUAAAAUACGUUGGAGCUCUAGCCCUCCUGGAGAAUCUGAUGGGCCGUUUUAGGACAAUUCUAUUGGGUCCAUUAAGCCAGGCGUGCUCAAUCAAUCCCAGAUGAAGUCUUUGAAAUUAUUUCAAAAAGUGUUUGAUCCCAGGUCUGGCUCCAAUCUGUGUUUUUCUCUGCAACCGCUGACUGACAGCAAUUUUCUAACUGUCUAUUCCAGAGAUACAUUUACUAAUAUUACCGCUCCUUAUAAGGACCCUGACGCACCAGAGAUACACAAACCACACACACGGCAUGGCUGCUCACUGAAAGUGUCCCGUUUUAAUGUGUGUUUACAACUACACAGACACAGUUUACCUCCUAUGCUGUCAGCCAUAGCCUCAGACCGUUACUAACCUCAUAAGUACCGGGGUCGUGUUCAUUACGCACGGAACGGACUGCAUGAACUUGUCUAAUAAGAGACGCUCAUGUUUUUGUUUUUUUCUGUUGCAAAACGUUUUGCUACAGUGCGCCCUAAUGAAUACGACCCAGGAGACGUUAAGGCUACAGUACAGUUAGUUCAGGUACAGACAGACCAGAACAAUUAAAAUAGCUCAAGUCUCAUAUUGACAUGAAUACAGUCAAGGUAUUGGCUGCAGAGAAGUGGGAUGCUUUGUGAAAGUUAUUACCUCAGUUACAUAGAGAAGAAGAAGAGAAGACAGCAACCGAGCCUUUUUUUGAUUUGGUUUCCUGUCUCUGGUGCCGUCGGUCUUUCCCCGUUGCAGAUCUUUCUUUUCACACUAUAAAUACAGUAUAUUAAACUGUACAUUCUUACAAUACAUAGAAGCACUAUUGAAGUUUGAUUGUUAGUUGUUCACUUGCAGCAUGAGUUAUUAUACUGAAUUAUGAUUUUAAAAAAUAACCCAGAUUAAAUAAAAUAUAAAAAUGAAAAAUCUUUUUGGGAUAUAAACUACGUACAACAUAAUGCAGUAGUGUUAAAGAUAUACUACUGAUAAUGUCGAAGCUGAUGCUCCUCCCGACGACCCCAUGCCGUGUUACCCCCCUCUUCCUGAUCCCUACCCAUGUACAUGCCAGUGUUUUUUCCGUGUUCCAAGUGCCAAUAACUUUGUGAAAUCCUAACUGUGACCCAGUAAUAAAGAUCAUUGCACAUUAACUACUGUAUAAAAGACAAAUUAUGAAAAACAAUCUGAAUAUCUUAAUAAAAGGUUUGUAACAAA